GCCUCUUCCGCACUGUUGAAGUGUACUUUGAUCAAACUUUUAGCCGUUAAACUUUAACCAAGUAUCAGAACCAGAGACAGUGACAGUGCAAUUAGGUUCAUUACUGCCAAGCAGGGCAAGAAGUUUAUAUUAUAUUAAAGACUUUUUUCACUAAAAAAAAUAUACUGGAAACCGUUGCAUGAUGAGAAAAAGGGUCAGCAAACAGGGUGGUUCUUCCUCCGCAGCCAGCAAAGUUCAGAGGUCUGCCAGAGUCCAGAAUGAGGGCACACCGCCCCGAAGGUGGCUGAAAAGAGGCUUAUUGGCCCUCUUUGUUAUCUUCAUUUCUGUGCCUUUCUCGCUGAGAAUCCCAGAAUUAAUCCAGCACCUUGUUUACACUCAGAGAAUCAGGUUGCCGUUCUUUGUUGACCUCAGCCGACCUGCUGAGCUCUCCCUUAAUCACACCAUCAACAUGUACUUAACAUCAGAGGAAGGAAUCUCCCUGGGAGUUUGGCACACUGUCCCUGAAAAGCAGUGGAACGAGGCCCAGGGGAAGGACUUGGCAUGGUACCAGAACACUUUAAGGGAUGGAAGUCCAGUUUUCAUAUAUCUUCAUGGGAACACAGGCACAAGGGCAGCCGCUCAUCGGAUUGGAGUGGCAAAAGUAUUGAGCGCACUCGGUUACCACGUGCUGGUGCCUGACUACAGAGGGUUUGGAGAUUCCACCGGGGAGCCGACUGAAGCCGGUCUGACCACUGAUGCCCUCUAUUUGUACAACUGGGUGAAAGCACGCAGUGGAAACAGCCUGGUUCUCGUCUGGGGACACUCUCUUGGCACUGGAGUGGCCACUAACACUGCAGUUAAACUGAUUGAGGAAGGGGAGAGUUUCGACGCUGUGAUUCUGGAGGGUACAUUCAAUAGUGCUCGACAGAAGAUGCCAGGUCAUGUUUUUACCUGGUAUUACUGGAAGUUUCCGGGCCAUGGAUACUUCUUCCCGGAGCCGUGGGCAGAAAACAAGGCUGUCUUUCCAACUGAAGAAAACUUGAAGAAAAUGAGAUGUCAAAUCCUUUUCCUUCAUUCAGAAGACGAUCACUUGGUUCCCAUUCAUUUUGCUCAGCAGCUGUAUGAGGUAGCAGUGAGUGCCCAGGAUGCAGAGCAAGUCAAGCUAGUGCAAUUUGACGGUUCUAAGGGGUAUCUGCACAACGGAUUAUACAGAGACGCCAAGCUCCCGCACAUCAUACAGGAGUUAGUGCUGUCACUGUAAAAUGGGAAGACGACUGAAGCAGGAAAAACCUCGGCAGACUUCAGACGCAGAACGCUGGUUUUAUAUGAUCACUCUCUAUGUUCAGAUUUUUUGCUUCACGUCUGCAUAUAUGCUGCAUAAAUAUGUGAUUUAAUUUAAAUGGGAUAUAUUAUGCUAAUUUUCAGACAAUUAUUUUGGGUUUCUACUAAAGCAUGUUCACGUGCUUUAAUGUAAUAAAAAACACAUUAUUUGUCUCAUACUGGAUUCACCUUCUGUCUGAAACGCUCCGCUUUAGCGCCUGUCUAUUUAAGAAAAGAAAUUCCUGUCUGUCAAGCCCAGUCUGCUCUGAUUCACUUGCAAGAAAAAUUGGACGCACCUUUGAUGAGCCAUUCCUCCAGCUGUGGAUGGAUAAAAUCAGAAUAUUAAUAAGCCUAAAUGUGACAUAAGAAGGGGAGCUAAAUCUGAAUGCCUCGUUGAUCGAGUCAGCCCACAAAAAACUGACUGGGUUGUUUUAUUUUUCAGUUUGUGGGUUAGUAGGCACUCCAGACAUCCAAAUGCAUGUAAAAAGUAAGUAAUAUGUCCUCUUUAUGUUUCUGAUUUUUAUCAAUACAAAAUGUUUGUGUUUAAUAUUUAUUAUUUUGAGGCAAACUGAUAUUAAAGCUGGGGAAGGCAGUUUCCUAAAACAGGAAAAACCUGCAACUCUCUUAAAAUUAAGAUUCCUUUAAGAUUAUAAAUCCUACAGUGGGGAAAUUCAAACUCUGCAUUUAACCCAUUUUUUUACACACCAGUGAAUACACCAUGAUUAGGAGCAGUGGGCAGCACAUUUCUGCGUGCCCGGGGAGCUAUAUGGGGGGUUAGGUGCCUUGUGUAGCGGCUUAGCACUCUGUCUGCGUUGUGUUAUUAAGUUGAGACCAGGACAUCGGAUUGGCAUCCAGCCAUUUAUUUUGAUGACAUAAAAACAGGUGCAUCCCUCGUUACACCACAAGGUCCGAAUGCCCCACAAUAAACACAAAAUACAAAAAUCAUACACAAAAUACAAAAAUCAUACCUGAUGACAUAAAAACAGGUGCAUCCCUCUGAAAAAUAUAAAAUUAAAAGACACUGUCAAGUUUCUACUAAAAUAAAGUGAAAUUAAAAUAAUAUAUUAAAAAUAAAGACGGCGCUCAUAGCCCGUAACCUUACCGUUACACCACAAGGGCCGAAUGCAGCUGCCCCCAGGGUGCUGCGUACAAUACCUGUGGUUAUUUAAAGAUGGCAAGUGGAAUCACUAAUUACCUGGUUAACUAUGUUACACUUGCACUCAAAUCCUGGGAUUGGAACUUGUGAUUCUCCAGUUACAAGCAUGAUUCAUAACCUAGAGGCAAUGAACUGCCCAAAAUUUCGCUGCGAGCAGGGUUCGAACCUGCGCGGGAAGAUCCCAUUGGAUUUCAAGUCCAACGCCUUAACCACUCGGCCAUCGCAGCUGGUGUAUAUUUCCAUAAAUCAUACACUAAGCUGUACAAGUUGUACUUCAUAUUAAUUAUCCCAGUUUUGCUAGUGAUUUUAAUGAUGCUAUAUAUCUGCAAUUAUAUCAGAAUUACCGUCAGGUUCAAUUUGAAAACUUUGGCUUGAUGACAUUUUCUCUCAGUUUCUGAAAUGCUUUGCAGAUAUCGACAAGUUUCAUUGUCAAACUCUCUUUUAGAUGCUCUUUUUUUUGAUGAGCCUGACUACCUUUUUUGGGGGGUGUUUUACAGCGUAGGCAGUUGUUGCUAAAGCUGGAAUAGCAGCAUUUUUCAGGAUUUUCCACCACUGAAUCAAGCUGUCACCAUCUGAAGGGACAUGCAUGAGCAGCUGCACUUGAAGAACAGCCAAUAGGAACGCCCUCUCUCUGAGAUGACCUGUGAAAGUCUCUCCUCACAGGCAAGAUUUUCUAAAGCCUGAAGAAGUGCCAAGAGGAUGUGCAGAAGUCUAGUUUUCUCUUAGACCACUUGAAUUACAAAGUGCCAAAAAGCAAUUAUGGGAUUUUUACCCAAUUACACAAACUGCCUAACCCAGUUUAAAGAUUACUUUCUAGAUCAAUUACAAUACUUCAAGGUAAGAUUCACUUGUUCCGUGCUGAUAAUUUCCCCCCUAUCUGUGGGUGGUUUAUUCUGAAUUAUCAGAACCAGAAAUAGCAAUUCCCAUUGGAAAUGCAAUUUGGAUGAGCCAUUGUUGCAGUAGGUGCCCUCUGCUGGGAAUUGUUGUGUGGUGAUAAGGCUCAUCUAUAAUACUGGAUAAUGAGUUUGUUAAUCCCAGGCUUAAUAUGUCUAUGUGUCAGUGACAUUUCAAUACAAUACAAGGAGAGUGUGGAAAAUGUCUGUGGUUUUAGAAAAACAUGACAUCUGGAAAUUCUCAGUUUGACUGCAACAUAUAUUGUUCAUUAAGAUUAAUUUAAAUAAUCUCAGAUCAAGUGCCAAUGCAGUUUACUUACAAUAAAUGUGACGACUGUCUGUGUCAACCAGCAAUGC